UUAACUUUCACAAUUACUUGUUUAUUUGUUUUAUUGGUAGUUACAGUACAUCUAAUUUACUAAGAGUAGUUAAUACAUUUUUGUAGUUAAUACCUGUACAGCUAGGAUGAGAAAUAGCUUGGGUAUAAAAUUGUUAAAAGCCAACAAGCAUAUGGUUCUAGAAAAGACUUUAAAAUGCACCAGAAAAUUGAUAGAUAUUUCAUAGAUGAAACAUUUGCUGUAAUUUCAAGUAAUUGUGUUUAGUUUCCACAUCAACAGUUUAGUGAAAUGUGUGACAAAGAACAUUUAAUAUAGAGGUCAUGAUGUUUUGCUGAAUUAUAUGGCUCACCACAAACAUGAUAUGUACUUAAUUACCUGAUAAAUAAUACUUAUUUUGUACUUACCCUGUGAAGUAGGUUGCUGUCACCACAUUUAGAGUGCCAUGAUUGAGGAACUCCAAGGAGCAAACAUCUCGCAUACAAAAUUCUUAUUUAUGGGAUUUCCAGAGAUCUACAAAUACAGACGUCUGCUUUUCCUGCCAUUUUUUCUAAGUUACGUUUUGGUUGUGGUGGGGAAUUCUUUGUUACUUUCUGUGAUCAGAAAUACUGAAAGUCUUCACAGUCCUAUGUACAUACUAGUGUCUGCUUUGGCGGUUGUCGACAUCAUUGUACCCACUGCCAUUAUCCCAGCAAUGCUUCUCAGUUUCCUCUUUGACUUGAAUGAGAUAUCUUUAACCGGAUGUUUGACACAAAUGUUUGUUACUCAUUUCUUUUCUUCUGUAGAGUCCACCAUACUUUUAACUAUGGCUUUAGAUCGCUUUGUGGCCAUUUGCAAGCCAUUACAUUACACUGAAAUCAUGAACUCAUCCAUGUUUUUGAAAGUGUUUCUUUUCACACUGAUCAGGAGCGGCACUAUAAUGUUUACACUGGUCGCUUUGGCUGCACCUUUGUCUUUUUGUGAGUCUAACGUUAUCCAUCAUUGCUACUGUGACCACAUGGCUCUUGUUAGCUUGGCCUGUGAUUAUAGCAAAAAUAAUGCAAUGGGAUUGGUUGUGAUUAUCUGUUUUGUGGGAAUUGACAUAUCAGUUAUUUUCUUCUCCUAUGUAAAAAUCUUGCAUGUCGUGUUGGGGGCUGCAGCCGGAGAGGAUCGUUGGAAAGCAUUUCAUACCUGUGGUACACACUUAAUGGUUAUGAUGUGUUAACUUGUAGGUAGUAUCACCUUUCUUUCUCGAAAUCUUAACAUUCCAAUCCCAGUUGAUGUUAAUACCUCUGGGGUGAUGUAUAUAGUAUUUCCUGCAAGUGUCAAUCCAAUUAUUUAUGGUGUGCGGACAAAAGAAAUAAGGAAUGCUUUAUUGAAAAUGUUCAAAACAAAUAUUAAUAGAGUUUCCAUUGUAAAGGUUUCAACGAUAAAGAUUUGAGUGUCUGGGCAGUCUUUUAAUUUGACACUUUUUCUAUCUAGUGAUCACAGCUAAUGAAACAGAAAUGUUUGUAGUUCUGUAAGUAGACCGAAACAGUAAUAAUUACCAAAUAAACCAUGUUAAUCUGCACCCUCUGAGAAACUUAUGUCUGUUCAACUGUGAGUUUCAGAUAAAUACCUUGUUAGUAAAGAAAACUCUCUUGAUUUACUAACAAAUUUCCACUUUGGUUAGC